AUGAUUUUUAAUGAUGAAUUUCCUAUUUAAUAAUAUUUAUAAGACUUAAAAUCUGAAGAUCCAAAUUUAAAAAUAAACGCAGUUUAAAGGCUUCCAAAUAUAACCUCAAAUUUAGGUUUUAAUUUUAAAAAAGUAAUAAACAAAUAAAUAUAAAAAAUAGAUUUUUAAUAAAUAAAAAAUUAAUUAAUUCCUUUUAUUACCGAAACAAUAUAAGAUCAUGAAAAUGAUGAUGAAUUUUUAAAAUUAUUAAGCGAGAAAAUAUUAUAUAUAUCCACUUAAUUAAAAUAAGAAGAUCAUCAUUUGUUAAUAACACCUUUAGAAUUAAUAAUUUCAUUAGAAGAACCUUAAGUAAGACAAAAAGGAAUAGAUAUAUUAAUCUAAAUAUCAGAAAAUAAUGAAACAUAAAUAUAUUUCGAAUACUUAUAUAAUUCAAUAAAAUAAACUUAUAAAUGGGAAAAUAUUCCCAAUAAAAUUUGUAUAAUAUAUAUAAUAUCCAAUUUUAGCUAAAGAAUCGAAAAAGCAGUUUUAAAUAAGAAUUUUUUAUUUUAAAUAAUUGAAGAAUUAGCAAAAGAUUAAGCUUAAAUUGUAAGGAGAAAUUUAUGUGAAAACCUAUAAAAAAUAAGUCAUAUUUUUGUGGAAAAAAAUGAUUAAAUUUUCCUAUUUUAUUAAUGUUUUUUACAAGACGAAAAUGAUUCUGUAAAAUCGAAAGCCAUUUAAAUUUCUCCUUUUUUUUUACGUCUUUUUCAUUAAAAAUUAAAAAAAAAAAUCUUAUUUAUUAUUUCAAAGAUCUCGUUUUUAACUUCAAAUUGA